CAAUAUUGAGCCCAGGCUGCUGUGGGAGCGAGUGGAGAAGCUGGUGCCUAGGCCUGGCAGUGGCAGCUCCUCAGGUUCCAGUAAUUCAGGUUCCCAGCCGGGAUCUCAGAGCGGCUCUGGGGAGCGGUUUCGCGUCAGAUCAUCUUCAAAAUCAGAGGGUUCCCCAUCACAAAGACAAGAAAAUGCCUCUAAGAAGCCUGAAGAGAAAAAGGAUGUUUUCAGACCAAGCAGGCCAGCUGGAGAAGUGGACCUCGCUGCUCUGGCCAAGGAGCUGCGUGCAGUUGAAGACCCUCGCCCUCCUCACAAAGUGACAGACUACUCCUCCUCCAGUGAAGAAUCAGGAACCACUGAUGAGGAGGAUGACGACUUGGAGCAAGAGGGAGCAGAUGAGUCCACCUCUGGUCCAGAAGACUCCAGGGCAACAUUGUCUAAGUUGAGUAACGGCGAAACUGAGUCCGUGAAGACGAUGAUUGUUCACGACGAUGUUGAGAGUGAUCCUGCUAUUACUCCCUCCAAGGAUGGCACUUUAAUUGUCCGGGAGAGCGCAGGUGACAAAAAGCGUCCCAGCCAUCCCGAGAGCAAUGGCUUUGCCGGUCGCAUUCACCUCUUGCCAGAUCUGAUUCAGCAAAGCCAUUCCUCCUCCUCCACCUCCUCCCCAUCCUCCAGCCAGCCGACUCCCUCCAUGUCCCCUCAGACUCCCCAGGACAAGCUUACUGCUAACGAGUGGGAUUUUUGCAUAGCACACAGUGCCACCCGAUUGCUGAAUGUUGUAAGUGCAGCAAGAAACUUUAAAGACAAAAAUAAAAUCUUAAACAUAUAUUUUUCUGCUCCCCACUUUCAAUUAGUUAUGUUUGUUUGCUGCAAAUGCCAAGGAUACAUUCUCCCAAAUUGUUUUAUUUUUGUUAUUUUAAAGUAAAGACAAAUCUUUACUAAAGUGAUUACAUUUUCCAAUAUCUGACAUAAUGUUUUAUAAUCAGGGCCUAAGAUAAAUGGUAGUUGGAUCCACACAAGAGCUUCAUCUUUAAUGACAAGGGCCACUUAUCCUGACUCCUCGAAGCACUUGCAGUCAAAUGAGGGUUUCAGCUAAUAUCUGUGCAGCUUUUGCAUGAGCAAAGAACCAUUAGAAUACCCCCAGUUGAGUGCUUUUAUAUGUAUAUUAAAACCAUUCGGUCUUGGUGGUUAGUAGUUUGUUCGACGUUGUGCUUGUUGCUUAGGCAAGUGGAUAUCGGUAAUUACACUCUUACU